AUGGAAGGAGUGAGUUUGAUAAAUCCCGACGGGAACAUCCUCUUCGUCAGAUCAUCCCACGGCCGUUCAGUAGCAACCACACAACUACUGACAAUCUGGAGCUCUGUUCUCUUCAGUCAAUCGGAGGCAGAGUUAGAUCCAAUUAGUUGCAUUACUGAUUCGUUGAGGAUUUAUAUCUUGAAAAGAAAAACCCACACAGUUAUUUGCUGGUUCGACAAAAACGUAAAUGAAUAUUACGCACAUCGCUUGACUGAUUAUGCGGACAAGAUAAUCCUCCUCCUCCUUGGCCAAGAUGACCUGGUAGAGAUUGCUGAUCCUCGUCUGAAAAAAGAUAUUCGCCUAGCCUACCCUCUUCUCGACGGCCUCAUUUGCCAAAUCGACGAAGUUCCAGUUUGGCUCAUCACUGACUUCCCCGUUUACUCCCUUUCUUUCUCAAAGCUUCCUGAAAUCCAAAAACAGAUCGACUUCUGGUCUGAUCGUCUUGAAACCCCAUAUGUCGCGAUUGUCCAAGACAAUGAAAUCAUUUCAAUGAAGUCUGAUUUUGGGGAGCAGUUGGAUUACAUCGAGAUAAACAUUAUUGCUUAUUGUGCGAGUGUUUACUCUGAUAAAGCGCUCGUUGAACUCCCUGUUUAUUUAUAUAAACUUGCUCCAGACAACGCUUAUCGUCUUAUUCUCAUUAAACUCUUUGGAAAUACCUCCAUGGUCGCUCUUUGCGGUAGCGUUACGAAUUUAACAACAAUAAAAUUUACACCACACGAUAUUUCCCAACUCGAGCCACUGAGAAAUUUCGUCAAAGGUCCCAAGGGCCUUCCGCCAGGUCUCAUUGGAACUUUGAUUCAAGAUGAGGCGAUAAUGAAGACGAUGCUUUACAUUCGUCCUACUAAAUCUUCGCUAAUGGAAAACGAAUUGACAGAGGACGAAAUAAAGCUCAAUUUGAUGAGCGUCUUUCGUGAUACUAAAACGCAAAAUCCUACACAUUCCGAAUUUUACUCUGCUAGAAAGCAAUACAAAUCAUACGUACUAAAGCAAGACAACCGCCACAUUGUGUUCUUAUUCUCCGCCGAAGUGCCUAUUUACGCUCUCCAACAACUGGCCAACAAAGCUGCCCCUAUUUUCGAAUAG